CAUAUACAUUGAAAAUAUCAGCUAUCCAGCACUUUUGUCAUUUGUUUUCCAAAUCAUCUUAUUAAAGCAUGGAUGAUAUCACACAUCUAAUCUCUGAGGCAGAUCAUUUCUACAGAAUUGUAGACCAGUGUAAGAGGAGAUACUCUCUAAUAAACUUCUCCAUCCUGCCACCUGCUGUUCAGUCAACACCACUGCCGUAAUACAGCAUGAAAACUAUGAAACGUGAAUCAGGAAACACCAGAGGUGUGCAACUGAAAGGAUGACCACAGAUAGGCAUGUGUAGCUGAUUACAUGCCCAUAAUUUAGUAACAUUUAAUCAUUUAAAAACCUAAGAAAAACAUUAAAUAACCAACAGAGACAAAAUGGGUAAGGGUAACAGGUGUAACUUUUUUGCCUGUAUUAUGAAUCUAUAUAAAUAUAUAUACAUCAAUAAAAAGUACUUGAGCAGAUUAUGUUUAGUGUUUUAUUAACCAUGACAUGGACAUGAUCACACUCUGUGGUCACACUAGCAUCAACCUGAUAGACUGAUUAUACAUCAGUGGCUUUGACACUUCUUGAUUUUCAUCGAGUGCCAGUAAAUAAAGAAGAACAAUGGGCUCAGUCUGUGCUGCGGUUUGCCUGCCGUUCCCACAUGCAUGCAGCUAUUGAAUUAAGAAGGGGAAGGAAAGUCCUUCUUUAUUUGGACAAAUAAACCUGCACUAUACCUGCUCUGUUAAACAACACAUGAGUGCACCAUCACACACUAAUCUCUGUCUUUUUUUUUCCUUCUAACAUAUCCCACACACACCUGACCACAUAUCAUACCUCAGUUUCCUGAUACCUGACCUGAUCACUGCCAAACAACACCAGUUAAAUGUAUCAAAAGGAAAAUUACAGUAAAGUCAUGGAAGCAAUACCAUUUUAAUAAAGUAAUGUCUAAAAUGUAUUAGUGCCAAUGACAUAAAAACAUAGAAAAAAACAAUGUUUGCUGUUUUUGUCACCAGUUUAGCAUCUACUCUUUUAAUUAAGUAAAUCAAUUGCACAAGUACAUUAUUUUUAUUUAUCUAUUUAACCUUUUUUCAACCAGAAAGGGCUUCUUGUAACUAAAAACAUCUUCUUUAGGAGCAUUCAUGGAUUUCGACAGGGUUUGUGUUACGAGCUGCAUACAAUGUAAGGCUCCGGCUGCAGCUGAAAGGUUGUGGUCUGUAAUUUAUGGAACUGAUCUGACAAGAGUUUCACACCAAAUGGAAAGAGGGAAAGACGGAGUAGGAGAGAGGAUGAGAUUGUGAUCUCCACUAUGAGAGAGUGUGAUGCUCAGAUGUCUAUCUGAUCUGUGCUUUCAAAAAAGAGAAGUGUAGAGCUGUGCUCCAUCAUGACGUAAACAACUGUGAACAGGUAUAUAUAUGUACCUUUCCAAAUACUUUACACCUGCACUUGUGUUCCUACCUGUUAGGACAGAAGUAGAUUUAUCUGACGACACAAUCAAGAAUAGAAGAUGACUUCCUUGGACAAUGACAUGAACUUCCAGGAUGCGAUUGAUGUGAUUCAACAGCAUUCAAACAAUUCAUAUUAUGAUUCAGAGUACUCAUACUAUGAGACUCUGGGUCCACCGCAGCCAUCACUGCAGUGUCAGAUCUCCUGUUGCCUGGUCACACACCCUUCUGAUGUAGCAGCCCCCACGUAUGACUGGAAUGACACAACUCAGCAGUCCUGGACUCAGGUUAUUCCUGAGGUCUCCUUGAGUCACUCUGUGCAGACAGAAUCCCCUCAUUUCUACACCAUCUUACCACCACAGAGGAAAGGUCGGAAGAAGCUCAGACUUUAUGAAUAUCUCCAUGAAGCUCUGAAUGACCCCAACAUGGGUGACUCCAUUCAGUGGACGGACAGCGGCAGUGGAACCUUCCACUUCAUCUCAAAGAACAAGGAGAAGCUGGCAGAGUGCUGGGGCCAACGCAAGGGGAACCGCAAGACCAUGACCUAUCAAAAGAUGGCACGGGCCUUGCGAAACUACAGCCGAACCGGUGAAAUCAUCAAGGUCCGCCGCAAACUCACGUAUCAGUUCAAUCCUGACAUCCUGCACAGGCUUGGCUCUGCACAGGUGCCAAUGCACCUGCCCUGCCACCCUGCACAGGAGGAGGCCCACCCCCAGCAGCCACACCCGCCCGAACAGACCUACUGCAGUUCAGCAGCACCAGACUGGCACAGCUGGUAUGGACACUACCCACUACAGGAAGACUACGACCUGGCCUCCAGCUUCACUUCACACACCACAACCAAGCUCUGAGCUGAACAACAUUUCAGCCACAAAGGACAGAAGUCACUUUAGUCAUGUCACAGUGGGACUAAUAAGGAGGAUUAUUUGUUGUGUUUCAAGGGAGUAUGGUUGUAAAUUAUUUGUACAUUUUAAUUUCUUAAGUACAAUAUAAAAUAGGAUAUCCUUAGAUUUAAAUGAAAACAUGCUAAUGUGCCACAAAAUGUACUUUGUCUCCACACUUCACCCACACUGUAAACUCAACAGUCAGCUCAGCUGUAUUUAAAGAAUAAAUUAAUGCUGGGUAACUCAACCGUUACGUUCUUCCGUGUAUCUUUUAUCGUUAAACUGAUGAAAUGAACAUAAAACAUCAACUCUUACCUGUAUCACUUUGUAAUGAUAAUGACAUUUACAAUGAGAGACACCCACAUUGGUCUUGAACACAAUGUUUUCCACCAGUACACAAAGCUACAGUUUGUGUAAUUUAUAUUAUAAAAUAAAUAAUGUUUUAUAUGCCUCCUGUUGUUACAAGAAGCAACCAGGUAUAAGCAUCCUGUAUAAUUAUUUGUACAUGCUGAAAUUUCUCUUGAUAAAAGCUGUUUGUUUAUUUAUGUUAGAAAUAUUUUAAUGCCAUGAUUAUUUGUAGUUCUUCAAAUGCUGU